UGACGAUCUGAAUAUUGUAGAGGGAAGUUUGAUCUCUGAAGGCUAGUCAUACUGCAUAUACACGUAGAGAACUGAUAAACGCAACUGUUGGAGGUUGGUAAUGCCUGUUGUUCGUGACGGUAAGACAAGACUUCUACGCUACCCUGCCUUACUGUCACAAUGCAUUCUUGAAUCUUCAGUGUAUGCGAAAUGUGUUUUGUCAUUAAAAGAUGUUAAGCACAAUUCUUGCGAAAAAGAAUUUCAAAUAUUAAAACGUUGUGUUCAAAGCCGUGCACGAGAAGCUGGCGUAAGAAUUUGAUUUCUGUUGUUACUGUCUAAGAUGUCGGGAAGCGAGAAAUCAAAAGCCAACUUGACUUCUCAUGUCAGUUUGUUCCCAGCACCACCUUGGCAACUGAUAAAUAAACUCUUCAGUACCGAGACCCCUCCACGUCCGCCUACCCCUCCUGGUUCGACUGCUUACAGAAUGUUCGGAAAUUUUUACAAUUCUGAAGAUGCCAUCCUCCGAUCUCUGGAAUCACAGGGUGUUCGUCGAGUUUAUCCACAGACGUAUAAUCGUAAGCGGGAGUUAAGAAAAAUUAAUUUUUCAAUAUUGGCUAACUAUUUGGAUUUGUUGGACAUUAUCACUCGUGAUCCUAGUUCAUGUAAACGAACAGAAAAGCUUGAUCAUUUGGCUAUUCUAUUCAUUAAUAUGCAUCAUCUUGUUAAUGAGUACCGACAACACCAAGCCAGAGAUUUACUUCGAGAAAUUCUUAAAUAUCAGGUGAACAUAGGAGCAGAAACUGUCGAAAAGGCGGAACAGUAUUUAACACGAGCAGACGAACAACUCAGGAUAGCAGCUAAUGAUCUUAUUGUCCCUGGUACACCAGUUUCAACUUCUAGCAGUUUUAAUCUCAUGGACAAUCUACGGAAUGGUCUGAAUGAUCUAGGCCCCGAGUUGGCUCCCUUAUUACAUACUGUACUUGAUGAGACACUAGUAUCUAAUCCUGUUGGUCGGUAUUUACAACCUAAGCAAGGGUCUAUAUCCCUUCCAAAUCAAUCAUUGGAAUACUGUUCUGCCAAUGUGAACAAUCCUGAUGAUUAUCGAAUACCUGAUCACAUCGAUAUGGCUCUUUGGGAUUUUCUAUUUCAAACUAAAGAUGAUUCUGAAAUGGAUAUUAGCUAGUGUGCAUUUAUUUCAUUGUAUUCUCAGAAUCAGUAUAAAUAAAUUCUUUUCGUGUUUAUUGGAAGUAUGACUCUCAUUUACUAAAAAUUAUAUUUCAAUCAUGUAAUGAUUUGUUAUAAUCAAAUAUAGUUUUGGGUCUUUUUC